AGGCGAAACGAGAGCAGUCCCUGGUUGAACUAAAAGAACACAUUCACCGGUACUACGUACCGCUAGGGAGACAAUUGAUGGUACUUUUCCCCGAGGGAGGUUUCUUGCACAAGAGGAGAGAAAUCAGUCAAAGGUUCGCCGAAAAAAACAAUCUGCCGAAGUUGGAGUACGUCUCUCUGCCGCGCGCCGGUGCGAUGAAGAUCAUCAUGGAGGAGGUCGGCCCUCAACGUGAGCAAGUCGCGAGCACAUCGAAGCAAGACAACAAAAAAGAUGACUUCAACCAGAACAACACGAAGAUCGUAGACCCAAAGAGCGGUGACAGCAUUGAAUGGAUCCUCGACGUGACCAUCGCAUACCCAGAUCGUAUUCCCCUACAUUUACAAGAUAUUGUCUGCGGGACACGACCACCUUGCACCACACACUUACAUUACAGGCUCUACCCAAGUAGUGAGGUACCAACAGACACAGAAGGUAUGACUCAAUGGCUGUAUGACAGAUUUAUAGAAAAAGACAAAAUGCUCGAAGAAUUUUAUCGUACAGGGCAGUUUCCGUCAACGGGGAAUAAUCCUUCAGUAGCGAGGCAAGUGAGGCAGGACAAUCUACGCUAUCUCAUCUUGCAUUUAUUUUUUAUAGCGUCGACAUUUUUACAAUACAAAACACUGUGUGAACUGUGGAGCUAUUUCUGGUAA